GAACUCCGAAGAAAACUGAACAACCUGGCUCGCCCCAGUGGACUAACAGUGGAUGACUGUAGACUUGAUGGGCCUUUGUUGCAAAUCUUGUUCAUGAAUAAUGAUGUUUCAAAGCAAUAUCACCAAGAAGUAGAAGAUUUUGUAUCGAGUUUAGUUCAGAAAUAUGAGGAGCAACGGAGGAGUGAAUUGGACAAGGCCUGCUUCAAUGUGAAGCCACAGCCUUCUAGCUUUGUCCUGGAAGAGGAUCAUAAGAUAACAAGCUCAAACGUGUCGAAAAAAAUCAAAGAGGCUUUUAGCGUUGUAGGAAGUGUUCUCUAUUUUACCAAUUUUUGUCUUGAUAAACUGGGGCAGCCUAUAUUAAAUGAAAAUCCUCAGCUCACAGAUGGAUGGGAAAUACCCAAAUACCAGCAAGUUUUCACGCAGAUUCUUUCUCUAGAAGGACAAGAGAUACAAGUAAAGUCUAAAAGUAUGUCUUCGUCGGCCAGCAGUGAGGGAGAGGAGGAAUCCCACCAGCAGAAUCCAUGCGUCUCUUACGAUCUCUCCAAGUUGAUCAACUACCCAGGUUUUAACAUGUCCACGCCGAGUGGGGUCACAGACGAAUGGAGGAUGUUCGGCUCGGUCCCUCUUCAGCCAUCCCAGCAGAAAGAAAUUUUUGCUCAUUAUCUUUCCACUUACCAUUCGGCCAACCUCAAAUCCAAGCCCAAAAGGCCCCCCCCUCGCCAGAGCUCACAUCAUUCGAAGCGGCAGAAAGGAUCCAGCGCUGAAGUUUCGCCAGCCGACAUGGAGAUCGACUCCGAUCUAGAAAUGCCCCCUAGCUUUCCUGAUUACGACGGCUUCCACUUCCAACCUCCGUUGCCUCCGGGGUCUCCGCUGACGGCCACUCCCCCCCCUCUGCCACAGGGCACCCCUCCAGCUACUCCCCCCAGCCUGACACCUCCUCAACCGCUGUCUUAUGUGCCAGCAGCCCUGCCUUGGACGCCGUCUGCCCCGCGGCCGGAGGAUUCUGCCAUGGACGAAGACACCUUGACCCUGGAAGAAUUGGAGGAGCAGCAGCGGCUGAUUUGGGCAGCCCUCGAGCAGGCGGAGAGCGGCAACAGCGACUCGGACCUCCCUGCCGGGACCCCCAUGGCCAGCAACUCCGGGACAUCGUCCCCCUGCAGGACGGAGCUCUCCAUUGCCCUGGAGCAAGCGGGCCCCCAACAGCUGAAGGAGGUCUCCAAAGCUGAACCCACCGACAAGCCCGAGCAGAUACCCCAGACUCCCGAAGAGCCCCCCGAAGAGCCCGGCCCUCAACCGGCCAUUGAACUGGUGGAUUUAACAGCCGAGAGGGAAGCCAUUCCCACGGACUUGGGAGGCCAAACCUGCUCCUCCUCGGAUCCUGGCGGCCUCCUGAACCAUAGCGACGCUCCUGAGAUUCCCAGCGCCAGCCAGCCGCCCCCCUCCACCCCUCCCGGCCUCGUUCCCGACAUGAGCAAGUUUGCCGCUGGGAUCACUCCUUUCGAAUACGACAACUUGUCGGAAUCCACCGGGACUUACCUCAGAAUAAGGAGCGCGCUGAAAAAAUACCCGAGAAGCCAACUGAAGAAUAAGAAGCUUUCCCUUUAACAGCCCGACUGGGGCCAGGGACAAAAAAAACCCCCCAAACACAAUCAGGAUUUGGGUGCUUUGCCCUUAAAGCACAAACGAAAGAGCCAGAGAUGGAAAGUGGGUGUUGUUGCGUUCUUCCUAAAACCAAGUAAUUUUGUUUUUAAAGAAAAAUCGGGUGGGGACAGGCUUCCACUUUAACCUCGAACCAGGACUGAUACUUCCACAAAUACUCAAAGGUUUUGUGAAUCUCCUCCAAUCCUGCAUUACAGAUACCCCUGAACGUUAUUAUUUUUAUUUUUUUCCCAACUUGGGGUCAAAUACACCCUUGCCUCUCUCUCUCUACCAACCGAGGUUUUUGUCUCUGGCCAGACUUUCCACAGGGAGCGGAUAGUUCUUAAAAUACGUUGACUGCCCGCGGCUUUUUAAAAGGACCCCCGUUUUUUUUUAACAAAAUGCUUCCCCUCAAAUUGUUGUGGUGAUCCGACGGGAAUAAUCAGGGAUGAAUCAACCAUUCUCUUUACAUCCUUUUUGAAAAGGGAUUUUUUAAAAAAGUGAUUUAGGGGAUUUAAAUUUCUUUUUUUUAAAAAAAAACGACACCGCCUUUUUGUUUUGGUAACAUCGUCAUCUUUGAACUUGCUGUACAUAUAUUUGUGCUUGUGUACAGGGGUUUAAUAAAACGAUUUUUUUCAUA